UUCAUCUGUUUCGAAAAUGAUUGCCACAUGACUGAUUUUUUUAUCGGCCAAAUUUUUUUAAAAAAUAAUUUUUAAAUUUUCCCAUACCAUCAUGAGUUACGAAGAACAACAGGCUGAUGAAUUGGAUGCAAUGAAAGCAAUUUAUCCAACAGAAUUAACAUUAUUCAAUGAUGAUGAUGGUGAUGGUGAUCAUAAGAAAUUAUUGAAUGAAAAUCAAUUGCCAAAAUUUUCAAUCAAAAUCUCCAGUGAAUUCAAUGAAGAUGAUGAUAAUGAUUGUGAUAAAUAUGAACUUGAAUUAUUGUUUCAAUUACCGAAAAAUUAUCCCGAUGUUGGUCCUACAAUUGAAAUAUUUUCAUCAAAAAAUCUAGAAGAUUGUGAUGAAUUAGAAAUCGUUGACAUUCUAAAUGAUAUGAUUGCUGAUAAUAUCGGUAUGGUAAUGGUAUUCACAAUGGUUACACGUGCAUCCGAAUGGUUGAAUACAUUAAAGGAGCGGAAAAUAAUCGAAAGGAAACAAGCAGAAGAACAAAGAAAAAAAGAGAUUGAAGAAAUGGAACGAAAAAAAUUCGAAGGUACACGUGUAACGGUGGAAACAUUCAUAGCUUGGAAAAUGAAAUUUGAUGCUGAAAUGGCUACACUAGCUGCUAAAAAUAAAGAAAUGAAAAAAGAUGAAACAGGAAAAUUAACCGGUAAAGAAAUGUUUCUACAGGAUAAGAAUCUUAUUGAUUCGGAUCUAAAUUUUGCCGAUGUUAUUGCUGGCGAUGAUUUAGAUGUGGAUAUUAAAGUGGAUGAAAGUCUAUUUCAAGAUGAUGAUGAACUUCUGGCUGAAGAUGACUGAUUGGUUAUUUUAAAUGGAAAAAAAAACAUUAUUAAGUUAUAUAAUUAAAAUUUAUCAA